UAAAAGCCAGGGUUUUGGUCCUCCAUCGCUAUCUCCUUGAGCUGCAGCAGCUAUUCACCAGUCUCUAGCUCUCCGCCUCCAAAAUCCAAAAACAAAAUCCAGGGUUUUGAUUGAAAUCAUGGCAGACAAAGCAGUUACCAUUCGUACCAGGAAGUUCAUGACAAAUCGUCUCCUUUCAAGGAAGCAAUUUAUCAUUGAUGUUCUUCAUCCUGGUAGAGCCAAUGUUUCUAAGGCAGAACUGAAGGAGAAGCUGGCAAAUUUGUAUGAGGUGAAGGACCCCAAUACAAUCUUUGUGUUCAAAUUUAGGACCCAUUUUGGAGGUGGGAAAUCCACUGGAUUUGGGUUGAUUUAUGAUACAGUUGACAAUGCAAAGAAGUACGAGCCCAAGUACAGGCUCAUUAGGAAUGGGCUUGCCACUAAGAUAGAGAAGUCGAGGAAGCAAUUGAAGGAGAGAAAGAACAGGGCAAAGAAAGUCCGUGGAGUCAAGAAGACUAAGGCUGGAGAUGCUGCAAAGAAGAAGUGAGUUAUAGGUGAUUUUGUGGUAGUUUUUAUGUGCCCUUAUGCACCAGGGGGGGUUUCUUCAAUAGUCUUGUGCCCUAUCAUUUAGAAAUGGAAUAUUUCUUCUUUGUGUGGAUGUUUGGGUUAUCUUAUGUUUAGCUAAAUUAUCUGAUUUUGAGCACUCAUCUGUGGACAAGUUCUGGAACAUCGAGCCAUUAUAUAUUUCUAGUUAUUUUCUUUUUGUUA